CUUUGAACUUUGACCACGGUCCCCGCUUUCUCAUAAAAUCAACUUUCCAUCCAUAAUCACUCUGAAACAGCAAUGGCGGAUCAUAAACAAACGAUAGUGAUGUUCCCAUUCAUGGCGCAAGGCCACAUCAUCCCUUUCCUCGCCUUAGCUCUCCAACUCGAAAAGCGAUCAAAUCACUACCGCAUCAUAAUCGUCAACACUGCCCUCAACAUCAACAAGCUCCGAUCCUCUCUCCCACCGCACUCCGCCGUCACCCUCCACGAACUCCCUUUCUCCAGCACCGAACACGGCCUCCCUCCCAACACUGAGAACACCGACACUGUCCCCUACAACCUCGUCAUCAAGCUCAUCCAAGCUUCCACCUCCCUCAAAAAACCCUUCAAGAACCUCAUCCAAAACCUCCGAUCCCAAAGACUCUGCAUCGUUGCUGAUAUUUUCUUCGGUUGGACCGCCACUGUGGCUAAGGAGCUUGGCGUCUUCCACGUCGUCUUCAGCGGUUGCAGCGGUUACGGCCUCGCGUGUUACUAUUCCCUCUGGAUGAACCUCCCUCACAAGCGCGUGGACUCACGCGAAUUCACGCUCCCGGACUUUCCAGAAGCGCGUUCUCUUCACGUGACGCAGCUACCAACUAACAUAGCGGAAGCGGAUGGGACUGACCCGUGGUCAGUUUACUUAAGGGAGGAUAAUUUCUACCACUGGGUUAACUCGGACGGGUUACUCCUCAACUCGGUCCGCGAACUCGACGCGUUCGGAUUCAGCUACUUCACAAGAAUCUUAAACCGGCCGGUAUGGUCGAUCGGACCGGUUCUCCUCUCGACCGGAAACGGUUCACGUGGGAAAGGGGGCGGCAUCAACCCGGAGCUGUGCAGAGAGUGGCUCAACAAGAAACCCUCGAAUUCCGUUCUGUUUGUUUGCUUCGGAUCCAUGAACACGAUCUCUGCAUCGCAGAUGAUGCAACUUGGAACGGCAUUGGAGCGUUGCGGGAAGAGUUUCGUGUGGGUGGUGAGGCCUCCGAUUGGCUUCGACAUAAACUCGGAGUUCAGGGCGGAGGAGUGGUUGCCGGAAGGGUUCACGGAGAAUGUUCUAGAAAGUGGAAGAGGGCUGAUCGUUCACGAUUGGGCGCCGCAGGUGGAGAUUCUGUCGCACUCGGCAGUGUCGGCAUUUUUGAGCCACUGCGGAUGGAACUCGGUGAUGGAAUCGCUGAGUGAGGGGGUUCCAAUUUUAGGGUGGCCAAUGGCGGCGGAGCAGUUUUUUAACUGCAAGCUUUUAGAGGAAGAGGUUGGGGUUUGCGUUGAGGUUGCGAGAGGGAAGAAGUGUGAGGUUAAGUGGGAGGAUUUGAUGGCGAAGAUUCAGUUGGUUAUGGAUGAGAGUGAGAAAGGCAUUGGGAUGAGGAAGAAAGCUCUUGAGAUCAGAGAUUUGAUUAGGGAUGCAAAGAAAGAUGAUGGUUCUUCUGUUAGGGCCAUGGAUGAGUUCUUAGCAGCUGCUGCACUCUCCACCCAGCACAUCACUAAUGGAACUUUAUGAAUAGAGUUCUCAUUUUUACUUGAUAAUAAGUUUUAUAAUUGCUUUUGCGGUUAUGUUAUGUAUGUAUAUUGAAUGAGGAUCUACAUGGUACUUUAACUAACCAGAGCAAAUGCUUGGGUGUUUAAAUUGCCGCAAGCACCGCAAUAUGUAGUUCAGAUUUACAUACUAGACUCAGAUUGGCUGCAGUGGAUAAUAUGAGAAUAUAUCUUGUGUA